AUGGAGGAGCGACCUGUCUUUGAGCUGAAGCUCUCAGAGGCUGAGGGUCUCCGCCGACUUCCAAAUGAUCUAGCAGAGCGACUACGAAAUGCAUCUGGAUCACAAUAUUUAGAUGCGCUUGCCCUGGCAGCGCUCGAGCCGGGGAAUACAGAAUGGAUUUUCACAACAUAUGAGCGUCUGAUUGUCGACAUAGCUUCCCGAUGGCUGGACUUGGAUCCUCAAAAUUAUUACUUGAACAUACUUUCGGCAUUUUCUCGAAUAUUGCCUUUUGCGCCGUAUCUUCGACAUUUUACCCACGACUAUGCACGAAGCCAUUCCGAAACCUUCAGCGGUUCUUUCCUCAACUUCGAUGGCGCAACGAUACGAAAAGCUCUUUUAUGCAUAUUCCGUCUUUCAUCGUUCGACAUAGAAUCUUUCACCGCCGUCAUCUCACCAAUCCAACUCCAAUCCCUCUUUCAACACGCCGACAGCUGCGUGCGCUAUUUGGCGGUUCGAUGUUUCUGUUAUUAUAUGCGCACCGGAGACGCAGCAACGCAAAGGAUGGUGACUACACAUAUCGGCACUGGGGUUAUUGAAGGCCCAUGGGAAAAUACCGUGAUUGAUUAUAGGCUCCUUGGGUUGUGGGAGGAACGCCGAUGGCAUCUUUUUGAAGCUGACCUAUGUUCGAGGCGAAGUUCAUUGACAUUAAAUACAGCCUGGGACAUAGUCGACAGACACAGAGAGAAUUUUAGUCAUCGCACAGCUUAUAUUGGUGGAGUGUUAGUUCCCAAAGUUCGGUGGGAUAGACCUACCCCCGAAAGCAAUCUCGUUAAGACUGCAACAGUCACGAAUAACCUCCGAGGUAUAGCAACCGCGCUGCUUGAACAAAAGCCAUUGCUUCUCAUUGGAUUGCCCAAUUCUGGGAAGACCUCGUUGGUCAAUGACGUUGCCAGAGAAAUGGGACAGCGGAAAGAGAGAAUCAAAUGCGCCGAUGGGUUUAGAAUCAUCGCCACCAUGAAAUCUUCUCUCAACAGCAAAGGUGAAGAGGUUGCACAAAGCCAUGGUCUUCUUGGAGCCAGGUUGUGGAAUAAGGUUCAAAUAAAUUCCUUGCCAUUGAUCGAAGUUCGCGAGGUUCUCAUCGAGAAAUACCCUGUGCUUUCGGCCCGGGUUCCCACACUAAUUGACAUUUAUGACAGACUCUGUUCUGCCUUUCACAGUAGCUUAGCUGCGAGGUCUGCUCAAGGUAGGACACCUGGACUGAGAGAUUUGAUCAAACUAUGCAAUAGAUUGCAUAAACGACUUCUGCGCCUGGGGGUAACGACAGGAAAUGAGGCGACCCCCGAGAGUUUUCAGGAUGAGAUAUUCCUUGACACCGUGGAUGCCUUUAUUCGUUACCUACCUGAUCGAGAUUUCGGUCAUAGGCUCAGCUCAAUUGUCGCCGAGGAACUCCAACUCUCUCCUCAAAGAGCCGACUACUGCCUGCAAGAACGGACUCCUCCAUACGCUGACUAUGAGGAUAAAUUCUCGGUUGGUAGAGAAGUCUGCACCAAAAUGAAAGUCACAAAGACAGCAAAAUCACGAUUUAACAAAUUAACAAAUUGGUUUGCUCCCACGCGGGCUGCCCUGAGAACAAUGGAGCAAAUCGCUGCUGCUGUGCAGGUAUCGGAACCGGUGCUACUUGUUGGAGAGACGGGUAUUGGUAAAACGGCAGUCAUUCAGCAGUUGGCCAAUUUGACUUGUCAGAAGUUGACAGUGGUCAAUCUUUCUCAGCAGAGCGAAAGUUCGGACCUUCUGGGAGGGUUCCGGCCAGUUAACCUGCGUUCAACGGCCAUUCCUUUGUUGGAUGAAUUCAACCAGCUUUUCGAACAAACAUUUUCCGCCAAAAAGAAUCAAAAAUUCUUGUCUUCGGUCACCAAGAGCUUAACAGCUGGAAACUGGCCUCGUCUGGUUAAUCUCUGGCAUGAAGCAGUUCGCAUGUCUGACAGUCUCUUCCGUGCCCCCAAAGGUUCUGACCAAAGAACCGAAGAACAGCCGUCGAAGAAACGAAAACUUGACUCACCAAAGUACGCUGCGCUGAGGGAUAAGUGGGAAAGUUUCAAAGUCCAAUUAAGUGACUUUGAGGCCCAGGCAAGUCGGGGUGACUCUAAAUUCGCCUUUGCUUUUGUUCAAGGAAAGAUCGUUCGAGCCCUGCGAAAUGGAGAAUGGGUCUUGCUAGAUGAAAUCAACCUAGCAACUCCUGAUAUCCUUGAAAAUAUUGCAAGCUUGUUGCACCAUGGUGACGAAGGAAUGCCUUCAGUUCUGCUAUCCGAAGCCGGAGAUGUGGAACGUGUGUAUGGUCAUUCUGAUUUCAGGAUCUUUGGCGCCAUGAAUCCUGCCACAGAUGCCGGAAAACGAGAUCUGGCCCCGGGAUUGCGCUCGAGAUUUACGGAGAUCUAUGUCCACUCUCCGGAUGUCGACUUUGAUGACUUGCUGGGGUUGAUACAAACAUACCUGGGCAAUCUGUCUCAGAGCGACCUCCGCCUAGCUUCUGACAUUGCUAGUCUCUAUCUCGCCACUAAGAAACUGAUGCUUGAAAAUAAAUUGACUGAUGGUGCAGGUCAGAAACCUCAUUUCAGUAUUCGUACUUUAGUGCGCAGCUUGGUCUAUAUAACAGACCAUGUGCAUAGUUAUGGUCUUCGGCGAGCGGCCUACGAAGGUUUCUGCAUGAGCUUCUUGACCCUACUGAGUCAGGAGUCAGAGAAAUUAGUCGUGCCCCUCAUCGAGAAGCAUAUAUUCGGUUCUACCAAACAUGCGAAAUCAUUGCUUGGUCAAGUCCCUAGAGCCCCGGAAGAUGGCAGUGAGUAUGUGCAAUUCAAGCAUUACUGGAUGAAGAAGGGUCCCUUCACUGCAGAGAAACAGCCACACUAUAUCAUCACACCCUUCAUUGAAAAGAACUUGAAGAACUUACUCCGUGCGAGUUCCACACGUCGAUUCCCCAUUCUUCUUCAAGGUCCUACUUCGUCUGGUAAAACUAGCAUGGUUGAAUACCUUGCGAAAAUUUCAGGCAACAAAUUUGUCCGCAUUAAUAACCAUGAGCAUACCGAUUUGCAAGAAUACCUUGGUUCCUAUGUGUCAACAGACGAUGGGUCUCUGACAUACCAGGAAGGUGUCCUCGUGGAGGCUCUUAGGAAUGGCCACUGGAUUGUGCUUGAUGAGCUCAACUUGGCGCCAUCAGAUGUCUUGGAAGCACUCAAUCGACUUUUGGACGACAAUCGAGAACUUUUCCUACCAGAAACGCAAGAAGUGAUUCAACCGCACCCAAACUUCAUGCUUUUUGCCACUCAAAAUCCUGCCGGUCUUUAUGGUGGACGUAAAGUUCUUUCCAGAGCGUUCAGGAAUCGUUUCCUAGAGUUACAUUUCGAUGAUAUUCCAGAGGACGAGUUAGAGUAUAUCCUGAAGGAAAGAACGCAAAUUGCUCCUUCUUUCUGUUCAAGGAUUGUAUCUGUGUAUAAGAAGCUUUCUGUUCUGAGACAGUCCACUCGCUUGUUUGAACAGAAAAACAGUUUUGCAACGCUCCGUGACCUUUUUAGAUGGGCCCUUCGUCAAGCAGAUGAUCGUGAGACGCUAGCUAUCAAUGGGUUUAUGCUGCUUGCGGAGAGAGUACGGAAUUCUUCCGAGCGAGCGGCUGUCAAGAAAGUGAUAGAAGAUGUCAUGAAGGUAAAAAUUGAUGAAGAUGCUAUCUAUGGCCUGGCGGAACUGGAAAGGAGAGCCGAAGGAAGGGCAUCGUUGUCAAAGAAUGUUGUUUGGACGAAAGCUAUGAGGAGGGUAUUUGUUCUUGUCUCCGAAGCCCUUCGAAACAACGAGCCUGUCCUCUUGGUUGGAGAAACUGGUUGCGGAAAAACUCAAAUCUGUCAGGCGGUUGCUGAGAUUUACGGCAAAGAAAUGUUCAUUGUCAAUGCUCAUGUCAACCUCGAAACUGGAGAUAUUGUCGGCGCGCAAAGACCUUUGAGAAAUCGGUCUGCGAUAGAACGACAAUUGCGCGACGAUCUUGCAAGCGUAUUGUCGACGUUAUCGAAAGCUGAUGUCGAUCAGUCAUCGAGGAGCUUAGAGGAUCUAAAAAUUUCCUUUGCGCAGUUGGCUCCCGAAACCCUUGAGGCCAUACCUGCUGAGCUACUGGAUUGCAUCAAGACAAACAUCACAAGGUCCCAGGCUCUAUUCGAGUGGUCCGACGGGAGCCUUAUCACGGCCAUGAAAACCGGUCAAUAUUUUCUCUUGGAUGAAGUGUCUCUUGCUGAUGACUCUGUACUUGAAAGACUCAACAGUGUUCUUGAGCCCCACAGAUCACUUUUGCUGGCUGAAAAGGGUCCCGUUGAUUCUUUAGUAAUUGCACAGGAUGGCUAUCAAUUUUUGUCAACCAUGAAUCCUGGAGGAGACUAUGGUAAGAGAGAACUAUCUGCCGCACUCAGGAAUCGUAUGACCGAGAUAUGGGUUCCUCAACUAUCAGAAGAAGAAGACAUCCUGCCAAUCUUGAAGGAUAAGCUGCAGUCUAUGGACGAAAAUAAGACUAAGGCUAUGCUCCAAUUUGCCAAAUGGUUCAAGCAAACUUUUCAAGGGUCUUCUACGUUUUCUGUAUCCAUCCGUGAUUUGCUUGGAUGGGUUGAGUUCAUCAAUAAAUGUCCGCCGUCAAAUCCAGAGUUUGCAAUUGUUCAAGGUGCAGCUAUGGUAUACAUAGACACACUGGGUGCAAAUCCAUCCGCAAUGCUCUCUACCUCAACGGAUAGUGUUGCGCAGAGUCGGCAGCUGUGUCUAGAAAAGUUGGGAUCCUUGCUGGAGAUUGAUGCUGUGCGGAUAUAUAAUGAAAAUGCCACCGUCUCAACCCAAGAUGGUUAUCUUUGUGUUGGUCCUUUCCGGUUGCCAGUCUCCCCAGGUUCAUCUCCAGAUCCUGACUUCGUCAUGGACGCACCAACGACAAUUGCCAAUUCCGUUCGCAUUGCUCGUGGGCUGCAGACAUCGAAGCCUAUUCUGCUCGAGGGUAGUCCUGGUGUUGGAAAGACGACCUUGGUGGCAUCGCUUGCUCGUGCUCUUGGGAAGCCUCUUACUCGAAUCAAUCUGUCAGAUCAAACAGAUCUCACUGAUCUUUUUGGCUCCGAUGUCCCUGUCGAAGGGGGUGACGUUGGCCAGUUUGCUUGGCGCGAUGCCCCAUUCUUGCAAGCAAUGCAACGAGGAGACUGGGUCCUUCUCGACGAGAUGAAUCUUGCUUCUCAGUCGGUGCUGGAAGGUCUCAACUCAUGUCUUGAUCAUCGCCAGCAGGUGUAUGUGGCCGAACUUGACCAGACAUUCAAGAGACAUCCGGAUUUCGCUUUGUUCGCAGCACAAAAUCCUCACCACCAAGGUGGUGGCAGAAAAGGGCUUCCCGCAUCCUUUGUCAAUCGAUUCACAGUUGUGUAUGCGGAUUCCUUCAGUGACACGGAUCUGAACAGCAUCUGCUCGAAGUUAUUCCCACGAAUUCCAGCCGACCAGACAUCUAAGAUGGUCGAAUUCAUGUCAAAGCUGAAUUGGGCUAUUGACUAUGAUCGAGAAUUCGCCAAUAUUGGGGGUCCUUGGGAGCUGAACCUUCGCGAUAUCCUACGAUGGUUCCAGCUUGCCGAUCGAGGAAACGUACAGUUACCCAGUGGCUACUUUCUUGAGAAUAUUAUUAGUCACAGGUUUCGAACGGAGAAAGACCGCUCGCUGAUCUCUGCACUCUUCGAAGAGUCUUUCAAGAUUCCCGCGCCUGAAAAGUCUUAUUAUCAUAAUUUGACGGUUGAGAAAUUUCAAGUUGGACUUGCGAUAAUGCCUAGGCGACAACUCGAACAAAGCACCACCCACUCAGAUGUCAAGAUUCUUCCUGCUCAUCUUCCUAUACUCGAGUCUCUUAUGUUCUGUAUAGAGCGAGCCUGGCCAAGUAUCCUCGUGGGACCUUCAGGUUGUGGUAAGACAACAACCAUUCGCACGCUUGCGUCUAUCCAAGGAGCUGAAUUGGUGGAACUAGCAUUGAGUGCUGACACAGAUACCAUGGACUUAAUUGGUGGUUUCGAACAGAUUGACUAUCGCAGACAAACCCAGUCAUUAGCCAAGGAUGUGGUGAACUUUGUACAUCAUCAGAUCAUCACUACUGUUACUUCCGAGUCUGCUUCAAGUUCGAUUGUGCAUCUGCUAGAAGCUUACGGGGUCUGUAGCAAUCCUGAGAUCAAUAUUGAAACACUAGCCGACGUCAUCAAUGCUCUCCAACCGCAUUUUGAUAGUCUAGCAUUCGCCAGUCUUAUCCAACGAUGCAAAGCGCUAGUGCAGACCUCAAAGGAUGCAAACAAAGUGGGUUUCGAGUGGACAGAAGGAGCGUUGACCGAAGCCAUACAACUUGGUCACUGGGUUGUAUUAGAUAAUGCGAACCUUUGCAAUGCAUCCGUUCUGGAUCGGUUGAACUCGUUGAUGGAACCGAAUGGCUACCUAGUGUUGAACGAACAACGCACAGAAGAUGGCUCGGCUCGAACCAUUCGUCCACACCCAAACUUCAGGUUGUUCCUCACCAUGGAUCCUAGAAACGGAGAGUUGUCUCGGGCUAUGCGUAAUAGAUCUGUGGAAGUGUGCUUCUUGUCAGAAUUUCCCGCUGUUGCGUCUUCCGUAUAUACGCCAUUGUUUACACUUGAGUCAGCUUUAUACCGCUUACGCUAUGUUUGGAACUGUGAUCCCGAGUCACAGUCAUCAGAUGUUGCAGAUCAGUUGUUUGGCAUUCGUCUAGACCAUGUUGAGAUGUCGGACCUUGCCAACUUCAAUCAUUCACUUCGGCAAUUAGCGAUAUCUUUUCCUGAUGCAGAGCAGUCGAAAGCGGCUAUGGAAAUCCUUGAGCGUUAUGCCAAGCUGGUUGAAGGCAAUUUUCAAUGGAAGGCCCUGUUUUCUUUGAGUAUGGAAAUUGGUGAUCAGGGAGCUGAACUUGUACAUCCUCUUGUCAAUGAGCCACGCCUGACCUGGCAUUCGAGCCAGGCCGAUCGUAUCAUACUUCUCUCUCAACUGCAAGGUGUUAAACUAAGCUUGCAUCAGCUCCAACAACGUCUGGUUCAUUCACAUCAGAAUUCUCAGCAUCUCAAGCCUUCUCAGAUGACAAGAUUGGAACGCUCUUUCGCUUCAAGUAGGAUAUCGAGCCUGAUGAAAGACGAUACCCAGGCAGUGAGCUCUUUCUUGACAGAUUUUGUUCACACUUCUUACGAAUUCAUUCAACGUCUUGACAAUGACUCUGGGUUGGUCAAUGAUGCCUUAUCUGUACUGAAGGAUUUCACCAAAAUUUGCUGGGACAUUUAUACGGUUACCCAGGUUAAGGAGCUGGACGAAGGCGUGUUCCAGAUCUACCUGCAGAUCGGCCAGCAAAUCUUGUCCUCUGCCGCCGAAAGCCAAUCUGCACUGUCUCCGUUGUUCUCUGCAUUGGCUCAGCUUCUCAGCCGUUUCAGGUCAACAUGGGCGUUAAAGACAGGAUUGAGCAUGCGAAGGAUCUGGGAUGCUUGGAGACCUGUCACCUGCACUGACGUCGAGCAGCUGAACUCGCUCCUGGAUCUGGAAGGCGUGGUUUCUGGGUUCAACAAAAUCGCGCUUCAGACAAGAUUAAAUAUUUCUCAGCUUGGGCUAGUCCGAAAAUCGCUGAUUGAAGCACAGAAUGCAAUGCUGCUUAACAAUGCGGAUGGCAAGCUUCUCGUACCAAGUCUAAAGCAACAAGUCACGGAAUUGGUCUCUGCCACCGAAAUAUACUCAUCUCCUCAACCUCCACAUUUUUUGAAGGUCUUUGAGAGUAUAUGCGAGUACCAUGACUUGCCCAUACUUUAUAACGAGAGUCAAAUUCAACAUCAUGGACAUUUGAAUGAGACACUGCCACUUCUUGCCGGAAGACCAGCAUACUCUACGGUGCCAUUCAACGAGAAGUUCCCCGUUUCUUCUAUCCUACACAGACUAGCUCUGUACAACGGCUCAGAAGGAGCCAUGCUUGCUGUAUCACCCUGGUCAUCAGCUUUCUCGGUUGAUUUGUUGCAACACGUGCAGCGUACUAAUGAAGUUCUCCUUGGACGACUCGAUUUCUUUCAAAGCGAACUUCAUGCAUUAGUUGAAGCGGUAUCUUACAGCUCUCGGGAGAUAUCACUUUCCCAAACUGUGCUACUGGCAAGGGUGUUCACGCGUGUGAUAUUAGAAAUUCUAUGUCUCCAUCAAGAUUUCCUGAAUACGACUAGUCUUGAAGUGGUUGUCUCCGCGCUAUGUGACCUCGAGAAAACCGGAACAUUCCAUGGCUCAAUUCCACAACUUGAACCUGCAAUGGAUCUGCCGCCAAAUCAUUUCUUCAGAGAGUUCGUCAAUGACCUCUCAGGAUGCAUCCAGACACUUGCAAAUGUUCGAAAUAACUCAUCAGUGAGCACUCUAUACGAGUUGGGCCAUGUCUGCGUUCAACUCUCAGUGUUCUGUCUCCGUCUUUUUGUUCCAGACAAACCAUAUGACCCUUCGCUAGGUUUAGUGGUUGAGAGACAACGCCACGCAGACCAGGUUCUGCAAUUGACCGCUGAGGAUGAAGCCCUCGCCACUUUCGAGAAGGAAUUCUCUGGUCGAACUUCUAAUUUGCGCCGUUGUUUGAUCAAGGAAGAGUUAAAAAGGCUUGGGUCAACUCCAUCUGCUUCUCCGGUCAGUCGUCCAGCCAAGUCGCGGCUCAUGGAAUUGCACGGCGAGUUUAUGAAUCUGCACAAUUCAGUACUGAGUAGAACUCCGGAAACCUUUGGUGUUGCUGAGUUCCAACAAUACGGAAACCUUCUCAAAGACAACGUUCGUCUUAUUUGCGCUCGUCUUCGGUCCAACUUUAGAGUCUACGACGAUAUUACUGUUUUGGUUACUCGAUUUCUGACAAUGCUUGAUUUAGGAGCAUCCCUUUGUUUGGGAGGAGCAAAUAAAAGCCAAUCCAAGAUAUCCCAAAUCAUCACUCAGACUACACCCUUCAUUGGCGGCAACACAUACCCUUUAAUGAAGAAACCAGUUCACGCAGUUGCCUCGAUGAAGAAUCAAAUCAAAGUGCAAAUACAUCAACUUUCAUCACUGGCUCUUCAUCACGGUGCCAACUCAGCAAAUCUAGACUCGGAAGCUGCUCUCUCCCAUCUGAAGGAAAUAUUCCAGUCGCUGCAUCUUAUCUGGAAGAAGCAACUCGUCGAAGACCAGAAAGAGGCCGCAGAGAAGUCUCAAACUUAUCGCUACAAAGGAUCGUUUGAGGAUAGCGAGGAAGUUGACGAAUCUGAACUUCGUGAACUGUUCCCUGUUUACGAAGGGACUGAGGAGGAAGUAUCAGAAAAGCCUCGAAUGGAUAUUAACUCAAUUUCCCUUAGAUUGACCGAACUGCAUGCGGCUAUCUUUGCACCUGGAGACAUUGAAGGAAAUCUAAGAGAGUUCAUUGUUGAAUCCACCCGACUGCUUGGUUCGCUGGACAGCGGACAGGAUUCAUAUGCACCGCCAGAAUCCUACUUGCCUGGUAUCCUGCUGGUAUUGAAAGACGAGCUAAAGUCUUACGAGAAUGUUUCCCCAAGACGUUACAACUUCUACUUGGAUGCGAACAUCGCAGAAGCCAAACGUCUAGUGUCGCUUGUGCUAUCCGUGCGAAAUCGAUUUGUCCAGUUGCAAGCAGCAUGGCCUGAACAUGCAGCCAUUCACGAUGUCUUGGUCUGUUGCCAAGAGAUUCUGCAGUUCAAACACUUGGAACCCGUUGCCAAGUAUAUCACCAAGUUGGAAAAAUUGCAUGGCCUUGUUCAUGAGUGGCAACUGGUGGCCAGCAAGGAUUACUCGGCUGCCUCUUUAUAUGAUCAAAUCACGGCUUUGACCAUUAGCUGGAGACGUCUUGAAUUAUCAACAUGGGCCAAGUUGUUAGAUCUAGAGUUUGAAAAGUGUGAGAAAGCCGUUAGCACCUGGUGGUUCGUGGCAUAUGAGGCAUUCAUUGCGUUGCCCUUACAGAAGGCCGAGAAUGGCGAAGAUCUCAAGGACUACACUACUGAAGCUCUUCAUACUCUCGAAGCUUUCCUCAAGUCCACCACAAUUGGCCAGUUCAGUGCACGUCUACGAUUAAUCGAGCAGUUUAGAUCAUUGUUACAGCUAUUUGCAAACCAUAACCCGACCUUAAGCUGCAUUGUCUCUGCACUGGAAAACUUCUUGCAUCAUUACAGACCAUAUGAGCCCGUCGUCAAUAAGACAUUGGAGGAAAAAAGAAAAUCUCUUGAUAAGGACGUCAAGGAGCAAAUUCAACUGGCCAGUUGGAAAGAUACGAACAUCACUGCUUUACGCGAGAGUGCAAGACGAUCGCAUUACAAAUUGUUCAAGUACGUUCGAAAGUACAGAGAAUUUCUUUCUCAACCCACCGACCAGAUACUUCAACAAGGCAUGCCAGAUUUGCAUGAGCAAUCUCUGGAUAUAAACUUUGCAAAGCCGCUUCCAGUCUCUUUGUGGGAUUCAUCAGAUGCUCUUAUGGUCUGCGAACGGUACGAUCCUAUUUGGGCCAAUCGAGCUCCCAGGUUCAAAGAUCCAUCAACCACUGCUGUUAAUAUGUUGAGGGUCUAUACGUCUUCAUUGUCUGAAUUGGAUGUUCCCUCGCAACUGAGCAGCUUCGUCACAGACGUGAUUGAGACUGUGAAGUCAUUCAAAUCCGAGACACCGAGCACUUUGACAGAGGACAACAAGCAGCAUGUACAGCACCUUAAGACCCAGAAACGUCGUUUCUAUGCCGAAACACUCCGUCAACUUCAUUUCAUGGGCAUACGACGAAACGUGAGUACGGUAUUCAUCGAAGAGCAAGCCACAAUCAAUCAGGUUCUUGCUACUACGCCAAACAUCAUUGUCGAACAUGGGCCAGCUGCUACUGUUGCUCAAAGUGCAGAUUCUUACCUUCACAGAUUCUUAGACGUACUCCCUCAUGUCAGGAAGUAUUCACGCGAGUAUAACGAGGAUCUCAACCCGACCGAAGUGACAAGAAGUAUUGGAUCCGCUGAGGGCUUCUUGGUGUUGAUCAGAAAGCAAAGAGAAGAUCUCGCGCCGGUCAUCAAGCAUCUAGUGGGACUCAAAUCUACAUCUGCUGAUAUGAAAGUUCUCUGGACUCACGGGCCUUCGCGACUCAGACAAGAUAACCGGUCUGGCCUUACUGAAAGGGAAAACUCGUUCAGACGUGUUUCUUGGCUGAUCCCCCUUCUUGGAGUUGGAAAAGAGAUUGUGGAGAUUCACUCCUUGUACUCGGGAUCACCUAGCGUCGCAGGCACUUUCCAGCUUUGGAAAGAUACAUUCGCACGCCUUAGGAAUGGUAUUGAGCGGCUGCCACAUCUACCUGAAGGGCUCACAUCUCAGGUCACAAUUGACACUGAGCUUGAAGUCAGGAGCUGCUUCGCGCAACUUAAAUCCGAGUUCACCACGCUGAUUGAGGACCGGCCUGAGCUGGCAUUUGUUCUUGAACAGGCUAUCUCUUGGCUAGAGAUACCUGCUCCUAGUGAUGCGACAUCCGCAGAGAGCGAUAUGGUGAUUGAUAAUUUGAACGAUCAUUAUCUUUCUGCAGUCAACAAGAUCUUGGUCGCAUUACAAGAACUCAAAGGCUCUUUAGCCUCCCUACCGCCUGACAUGGAGAACAAGGACUGGCUUUCACGGACGGACUCUUCGUUGUCGAAAGCACUUCGGGAUCUGCAUAUCGGCGAUAUUGCUAGAUCUCUGAACUCUGUCCUUGAUAAGCUUCAGUCUUUGCAGGACUCUGAUUCUAGUUUACCUCUCGCCAGUGCAAUUAUAGCUGGGCUGCUACCGAUAACAGAGCAAUAUUACAAUAUCUGCGAGGACAUGAUUGGCCGUUAUCUUGGAGUCCAUAGAGAAAUAUGUAAGAUGGCAUAUAUCCUCUCCAAGUCAUUCACGCAGAUCGCAUCAGAGGGCUUCUGCAGUCCCCAUGAAGCCUCCACUGAGGAAAGCGGAUCUGGCAAAGUUGAAUCUGGAACGGGUCUUGGUGAAGGUGAAGGAGCCGAGGAUAUCAGCAAAGAUAUUCAGGACGAUGAGGAUUUAUCCGAACUUGCGCAGGAAAAGGAUCAAGAGAAGUCUUCCAAGGAUGAUAUAGACAAGUCUGAAGAUGCUGUGAACAUGGAUCAAGAAGACCUUGAAGGCGAGUUUGAUGACGAACAGAAGGAGACAGAAGGCGAGGACAAAGAAGAUAUGUCUGGUGAAGAAGGUGACGAUGAGAUUGAUGAAGAAGUUGGUAGUGUCAACGAUCUCGAUCCAAAUGCAGUCGACGAGAAGCUGUGGGAAGGUGCCCAUGAUGAAAAACAGAAGGAAACAGAGAAUGAAGAGGGCAAGGGACAGUCCGAAAAGGACGAACAGGCAGCAGCAAAUGAUAAGAAGGAGCAAGAUCUGAAAGAUCAAGAAGAGAAGGGCGAUGAGCCGAUGGAAGCAGAGGAAGGAGAACGAGAAGAAGCUCCUGAAGAUGAGGAAGAAACGGGUGGUAGAGAAGAACUUGAUGUCACCGAUCCACAUGCCAAGGAAGAACAAACCCUUGACCUCCCAGAGGAGAUGCAACUUGAUGGGGAAGGACCAGAAGACGCCGAGUCGGACAUGAGUGAUGAUGGCAUGGAUGAGUUGUCUGAUUUCGAGCCUGCGACCAACGGAGACAAAGCGGAGGAAACAGUUGAUGAAGAUGAGCGCAGCGCAACUCCAGACCCGGGUGAUAUCGACAUGGAAGAUAACCAUCAGAAUGAAGCUGAGUCAGGAGAGCCAGAAGGUGAGCAAGAAGCCAAUAUCGCUGGUGAGGAAGAAACCUUGGACGAAGAACUGGAAGCGGAACAAAAAGAGAAUAAGGCUUUGGAAAAAGAUGAGAACACUGCAGCUGGUGAAAAUGCCGAUCAAAGUGACGAGAUUGCUGGUGGAAUUGGUUUGGAUACAGAUACCAAGGAAGAAAAGGGUUCGUCUGGCAAUGCUCAACAAGAAGGUGGUGCUGAAGAAGCUAGCUCUGAGGAACAACCCAACGGUGCUACAGAAGAGGGUGCGGAUCAGAAGAAGGCUGAGAGUAGCUCUGGGGGAGCAGGUGAAGAUUCACAGGAUGAUCCACAGUCGGAAGCAUUCAAGAAACUAGGAAAUGUUCUCGAAGAGUGGCAUCGCAGACAGCGGGAGAUAAUGAAUUCGUCAAGAGACAAGGAGAAGCAAACCCUGCCGCUGGACACCAACAUGGCUGAUGCAGAAUUCGAGCAUCUGGCAGAUGAAGACGAUGUUGCAGACACGCAAGCAUUAGGCCAGGCGAGCGAAGAACAAGCAGAGGCAUUGGAUCAACAGAAAGGAGUUGAAGCCGAGAAGCCUAGUGUUACUGAUGAUAUCCCACCUGACGUUAUGGACGGUGACAAGGACAAUCAGCCGGACGAGAACCUGCUUGAUGAAGCAGCAAUGGAUCUUGACGUCGCCGAGGUCAAUGCUACAGAGGGAGCUCAAACCGCCAAGGGCACAUUGGUUGGCGAAACGUACAAGGAACGAGAUGGCGAGCCACCAAUGACGGAGGAAUUGGACGAAGUAGAUACACAUCUAGCAGCAAUCCAUCUUUCCUCGGCCAAUGCAACCAAAACCUCAAUUGAUGAAGCUCGAAGAUUGUGGGCUCACUACGAAGCUGUCACUAACGAUCUUUCUCUUUCGCUUACCGAACAACUACGUCUCAUCCUUGCCCCUACACUCGCCACUAAACUUCGUGGUGACUUCCGAACUGGCAAAAGACUCAAUAUCAAGAAGAUCAUUCCGUACAUCGCUUCCCAGUACAAACGCGACAAGAUCUGGAUGCGUCGUUCCAUCCCUAGCAAACGCAACUAUCAAAUCAUGCUAGCAGUCGACGACAGUAAGUCCAUGUUGGAGAGUGGAAGUGGUCAGCUUGCCUUUGAGACGCUUGCCCUCGUUGCUAGGAGUUUGAGUAUGUUGGAAGCGGGUGAUCUGUGUAUCGUCGCUUUUGGAGACGAGGAGCACGUUCGAGUAGCCCAUGAGUUUGGCAAACCCUUCUCGUCAGAGGCAGGUACUCAGGUCUUCCAGCAAUUCAGCUAUCAGCAAACCGGUACGAAUGUUCGUAAGCUUGUUGCCGAUUCAAUUGCGCUCUUCCGUGAGGCACGGGGGCGGAAAUCUGGCGGAGGUGGUAACUCAGCGGACCUUUGGCAAUUGGAACUUAUCAUAUCCGACGGUAUCUGUGAAGACCACGAGACAAUUCGACGACUCGUCCGACAAGCGCAAGAAGAGCGUAUCAUGAUAGUAUUCAUCAUCGUCGAUGCUGCUUCAGGAAGUUCAAUUCUGGAUCUGACGCAAGCAAGCUUUGAGCCUGAUGAUUCUGCGAUGGGGACCGGGGAGAUGAAGCUCAAGAUGAAGAGAUAUUUGGAGGGGUUCCCAUUUGCUUACUACCUGGUGGUGAGGGAUGUGCGUGAGUUGCCGGCUGUUUUGGCCAUGGCAUUGAAGCAGUGGUUUGCAGAGGUGGUUGAAACUUCGUCGUGAUCUUAUGUCUCCAAUGAUACAAAAGUGCAUUUUAUGGAGUUUAGACUUGCUGCAUAUUAGGAGUUGGUUGUUUUUCUUCUUUUUUUUUAUGAAUAUCAUUUAUAUGAAAUGUGUAUACUGUCAGAAAUUAUGAUACAAUAAAGGUCCGUUCAACCAAGUGACUACCUAUCGGAAGGACCAUUCAAUAUUAGAACUUUUAUAUAGCUUGUUUUG